UUGCGGUGGAGAUGGCGGCUGACGUUGCUUCUGCUGAGGCUGCCAUGGACUUCUCCGCACGAGCGCAAUUAUUUGAGGCUCACAUACAGAGCUACGAUGGAGACGAUCCACUUGAUCCUUGGGACAGAUACUAUCAAUGGGUAGAAGAGGUUUUGGAAGAAGAAGGAAGACAAAACUACCUAUCAAGUUUGUUGGAGCGGCUUAUGAAGGUCUUUUUAGGUGACAAGAGGUAUCAGCAUGAUAGCAGAUUCAUCAGCUACUGCAUGAAAUUUGCCACAUUUAUUGAUGACCCAAGUCAAUUUUUUGACUAUAUGUACAGCCAAGGAAUUGGUACCAAGUCAUCCAAUCUGUAUAUUGCAUGGGCUCAGCAACUUGGCAUGCAAGGAAAUGUGUCACAUGCGAACACUGUCAUUGAGAAGGGGAUUCACAGUGGAGCACAACCUGUUGAAAAGCUGCAUCAGCUUUACGGGUUGUUACAGAGUUGCUUAGCCCAGAAUCAAAUUUCAAGUCAAGUUGGAGUUUUGGAGCCACAUAAUUCCCAACAGUUCAAUGAAAUAACCUCUAAAGAUGACCCAGCCAGUGUUCACCAAAAUCAGAUACCUAAGGACAUGAAUCCAGCAAAUUCUGAAUUGUGUCCUGUUUAUGGUGGAGUGGAAAAAAUGGAACAGCCUCAAUUUAUAACCUCCAUUUCAAAAUCUGAAGUCUUACCAACAUCAUCUUCCAGUGCGACCCAUGAGCAGAGGGUUAUGUAUGACAAGAAUCUUCUUUAUUGUGAAGGCUCUGAAUUGUGCUUUGAAGAAGUAAGAGCCCAAAUAUACUUGAAAAGGGCUGAACGUCUGAGAAGGCAGAAAGAAUGGGAGGAUGAAGACAGAGAAUUAAUGAAAAAGGAGGAGAAUAAUCAUCUUGAGCUGCAGAUGUUGGAACAGAAACUGUUUCUUCUCUCUCAGACAUCAUCCUCAUCCCAGAAAACUAUGCAAGGGCCAUCCACUCACCAGUCCCUCCUAAGCGCCACAGUGGGUCACCCAUAUGUAGCUCCCAGUCUGCCAGCGUGGGCAGCCCCUUCCCCAGCUGGAUAUCUACAGCAUUCUUUGACCCUGGGGACAGAACAUCGGAGUUCAUCAGUGCCCUUCACUACAGCCGCAGAGAUUUCAGCCGCUGUGGCUUCAGCUCCACAGCCUACUGAAAAUUUCCAGAAACGGCAGGUGUCUAUGUCAGUCACCAUGACUGAAAGGGAUACUUCCAAAUCCAAGCUUCAUCUUAAGGAAUGUGAGGAAAGUCUUCAUAGACUUCAGAUCGGUACAGAAGAUGUUGUGCAACCUCCUCAGAAACGUUCUGCCAUUUCCCAUGACUACCACCAUGUAGAGCAGCAGCAACUGAAUACUUCUGAACAGAAGCCGCCAUGUUCUGUGGAAAUGAGAAGUGUAUCAGGUGGCCGGAACUCUUCUAUUUUACUUGGUAAUCAAGAAACCACCCCAAAUACAUCAACUACGAUGCAAACGGCUCCAUCUUUAGUACAGCCGUCUCCUACUGUCCACACAAAAGAAGCCUUGGGUUUCAUAAUGGAUGAGUUCCAUGCACCUUCGUCUGAAGAUUCCACUGUGGUUUCUGAAACAGAGGAGGAUGGAUUUGAGUCCUAUUGUAGGAAUCAAGGUGUUGACAGGGUCCUCCAGCCACCUCCAAAGCCAACAGAAGUCAAAGUCUUGAGAGAACGUCUCACAGAUGGUGCCGCUAAACCAGAAGAAGGCAGUCCGCCAACUGAGUGCCUGACAGGUGACUGUACCGUGUGGGCUAAUCACUUCAACAAAACCCUGGCUUCCAAUCCUAAUGAUACCAGAGACUUUGCUCGUGCGGCACGAUAUGUCUCCACACCAUUCGGCUCUGUUCCGGUACACGCCUGCCAAGUGACACGGGACAAAGUAAUUGAAAACCCUUGGGAUGACGGCUUAAUCCGCCAGCUUCUGUCUGAGGUGCCUCAGCCAAUAAGUGCUUACUCAAAUACUUUUGAAUGGGAAGCGAACCUUCCAGUUCUGAAGCCUAAGGCUCGACUCAGAUUGGGAUCCACAUCCUUCCACAUUGACUGUUUACUUGGAGAAGGAGCUUUUGCACAUGUCUAUCAAGCCUCUAUCCUUGACAUGGCCAACACAAGAAAUAAUCGGAAAGUGGUAUUGAAAGUACAGAAGUCUGCAAGCCCCUGGGAAUUCUACAUAGCAACUCAACUGACAGAAAGGCUUAAGCCAAGCAUGCGUCAUCUUUUCAUCCAUUUCUAUUCAGCUCACUUCUUCCAAAAUGGAAGUAUUUUAGUUGGAGAACUUUACGGUUAUGGAACUUUGCUGAACACCAUAAAUAUAUAUAAAAAACUGCCAGAAAAAGUGAUGCCCCAAGCACUGGUCAUCUACUUUGCCAUAAAAAUUCUCCAUAUGGUCGAAGAGCUUCACAAGUGUGGAAUAAUUCAUGGUGAUGUCAAACCUGACAACUUUAUUUUUGGUGAAAUGUUUUUGGAUGAUGACACAUGUGAUGUUGACAGCAUGUCUCAUGGCUUGACAAUAAUUGAUUUUGGCCAAAGUAUAGACAUGAACCUGUUUCCUGAUGGAACUGUAUUCACAGGGAAGUGUGAAACGUCUGGAUUUCAGUGUAUUGAAAUGUUGAUGCACAAACCAUGGAAUUACCAGACUGAUUAUUUUGGAAUUGCUGGAACAGUGUUCUGCCUACUAUCUGGCACAUACAUGAAAGUUAGAAAUGAGGAGGGUGUAUGGAAGCCUGAGGGUGUCUUCAGGAGGAUUCCACAUGCAGACAUUUGGAGUGACGUCUUCCACACUUUGCUGAAUGUACCAGACUGCAACCAUCUGCCUUCUUUGGGUGCUUUACGGGCAAGACUUAGAGAGUUAUUUCUGAAUACUUAUGCUAACAAAGUAAAGAUGCUCCGUAACAGGCUUGCAGUGUUGCUUGUGGAAAAUAAGCGUUCCCAUAAAUAAACUCAGAUACCCUCAGACCUCACCGGAGAAAUAAAAUCUCUUCACAAGAAAUGGACAAGGUUUAAUCAAAGCUACAGCUUGAAUAAUAUGACAAAUUGUACAAAGUGGUUAAGAUUAAAUGAUGCAGUUAAUCUUUUAGUUUUAAAUAAAAACAACCCUCUGAAGAGCUUUGACUCACAAAAGAUCUUUCUUGUAGUCUUUAAGAUACCAAUGGAAUUGUUUAUUUUUGCUGCUACAGAUUAAUGUAGCUACCCCUCCGGAUGUUUCUUCCGGGAGAUGUGAGGAAACAGGUAUGUGGAAAACAAGGACAGGGCAAUUGCUGUGAAGAUGCAGCUAGAAGGAGGGAAAUAACAAAAGUGAAGAACCCACCUAACAACGAAUGGUUAGUGAAG